UAAAGAAACAUUAAUAAAUUCUACACAAACAACUGUUGUGUACAUCGAUGUAAAUAAAGAGCACAAACAUUUUACACAAAACUUGUACGAAAGGUCAACAUAAGAAAAGUGUACCAAUGAAAGAAUAACCUAUGAUGGAGUGCAUGGUCUCUCUGUCCCAAAGGAGUCUCAGUCUUAAACUCCUAAUUUCCAACUCUCCGUUGUUAAGAUAAAAGCUUGAAAGAGACAAGCUUGGUUGAGAUGUUUGGUAUUGGUGUUUUCCUGCAAAAAAGAAUAACUUUUGUUGGAAGUUACCUCAAACCAAGGUAGCACAUUCUGAGAAAACAAAGAAAUGUUUGGUAUCACAUCACGGCUGGGACAAAUAUUCUUGAAGUUACUAGGCAAGGAGUGGAGGAAAAGGCAAAUUAGAAAGAUAACAGACCAAGUGUUUGAUCAAAUACAGAAUGAAGUGCGACCUGAUAAUUUGAGUUUUGUAGAUCUCUAUAUUGCUAUUUUACUUGUGUACAAUGGUAUCAACAAGUAUAUUCCUGGUUCUCAUUGUGAUCCUCCUUCAAAAGACAGAGUCAGACAAGCCAUUAAGAACUGUGAUGAGAACAAGGAUGGGCAAAUUAGUCGUGAUGAAUUUUUCGGUUUCAUCCAGCAAAUGGCACCUGAAACAUUCAAUGUUGUUCGAAAAAAGCUUGUAGCCACAUUGGUUGUUGCACCAACAGUUGCAGUAACAACAAAAAAAGCUACUGAACAAGUACCAGGUGUCGGGAAACUGGUGCAGAGGUUGCCCAAAGUAGUUUAUGCUGCCCUUGUAACAAUGGCAGCUGUGUGGUUCCAAGAGACCAAUAAGGAUUCUGCACUCUAGUCAUUCAUUGCUCACAUUUGUGUUUCACAGGAAGAUACAACUCUCUUCAUUGUUCUACACAAUGGAUUCACACUGAUUCAUUGUUUAUGAAGUGGCAGUUCAGAAAAAAAAGAAAAUCAAUGAUUCCUUUUGGCAUUUUGGACAAAAGUCCAAAUAUUGAUUUUUAUGUCAAAGGUGAAGUGUCUUUAA